AUGGCCGGAAGAAACGCAGUGAAUAAACCUAAAAUUAAAAUGUUGGCACAAAGUCAUGCAAAAUCAUUAGGAAGAAAAAGAGCAUCAAGAAAUAGUAUACAGACAAGAUCAUCAACUUCCCGAUAUGCAUUAAGAGGAACAACAGCACCAAGACCAACAGAUUCAAGAGCAAUAGCAUUAUUUACAGGUGAAACACCAAAUCCAGUCAGUAAAAUGACAACAAAUACAUUAUCAAAUAAAAGAGCUAAAAAAAUUGCAAGAAAUCAAAAAUAUUUAACUCAAAAACAAGAAGAAGAUAUAAUGAUGAAAGUUGAUAAUGAAAUUAAACAAACAAAUUUAGAUAAAGUUAAAAAGACACUUUGGGAUUUAAUAGAGAGGAAUAAAACAAAUGGACCUUUAGUAUUACCAGAUGCAGAAGGUACAACUUUAGGAGUACAAUCAUUUUAA